AUGGAACCCGCACUUCCGUCAACCACCUCUGUCAAAUAUGGCAAGGUAUCCCUUGAACAAGUCACACAGCUCCUCCUUGGCCUCCUUGGCCAAGUCAAACGCCUUGAGCAAGAAAUUGCCAAAAUCAAGGAAGCUGGAAUCAAGACCCAGACAAACGUCAAGAACAUCUCUCAAACCGUUGAUGUUGUCAAGGAUGGGCUUAGGUCCCUUCAAUCCCAUGGUCCCUGCACACCCAAAGGACCCCAAGCCAAGGUUGUGGAAGAAACGCCACGCCCCUUACCAAAAGCCAAGCCUAUUGGAUUGGCUAGUGGGGCCCCCUUCUGGUCAGAAGCAUCCAAGGCCCUCCCCAGCCUGGCUCAGCCAACCCCAAGAAGAGCCGCUCCCCCGCAAGUCCCAUCUCCCCCUCCAUCUCCACAUCUCCAAUCCCCGAUCAGGACAACUGCCCCUCCACCUCCAGCUCCAGUCGCCGCCUAUCCCGCUCCGGUCAAGGUUGACCACCCCAAUGCCUACACAGGCAAAAUAGGGAGCAAAGCCAAGCAAUGGCUGACCCGGAUGCUAGCCUGGACCCGCCUCAAUUUGCGGAUGUUCCCCACCAACCAAGAGGUUCUCUCCUUCCUCUUGAUGAACAUGAAGGACUCUGCCGGAGCUUGGGCCCACCCACACCUUGACCAGCUUGGAUCACACCGGGCCAUCAUCCAAACCGUUGAGGAAUUUAAAACGGAAUUCCUGGCAGCAUUUGGCAACCCUGACGCCACAAGGGCUGCCAAGCGGAAAAUUACCACCCUCACCCAGUCCGGCACAUGCGCAGACUAUAUCACAAAGUUCAGAACCUUAGCUAUGGAACUGGACUGGAAUGACGUGGCCCUCCAAGGUCAAUUUGCCCAAGGCCUCCACUGGGAGGUUAGCCAACAGAUAGCAACCCGCAAGCACCGCCCUCAUACACUCCUUGAGCUGCAAAAUGCAGCACUCAUCAUUGACAACGCUCUCCGCAAAGAGCGUGCUAGCCACCCGCCAAGGGACAGUAAGCCUAGCAAACCAUCCAACCCCGCAAGGGGGACGAGUACUGGUCAGCCAACUACCGGAUCAAGGAAGCUCUCCAACAACCCCAACUUUGUAUUGGAGGAAGAACAAAACCGCCGCUGCGCCGCUGGCGCCUGUAUCAAAUGCAGAAAAAUGGGCCACAAGUUUGCGGAAUGCCGCAUGGGCUGGAAAGCCACCCCUAUUGAGGAUAAGGGGAAGGCUAAGGAAACCGCCAAAAUUGGCAAGGACUCCAAGUACCAUCAAUAUGCUAAAGUAUUUGGAGAAGAAGAAUUCAACAAACUUCCUCCCCACAGGCACUACAACAUUGGCAUAGUGUCGUAG